CAGAAGUAAAUUGGGUCUGCUUUGCUGUGCCUGCAGAAAAUUAUAUAUUUUUACAAAAGCGUAAAAGAUUUCAAAAGUUCAUCGUGCCUUCAUUGGAGACCAGAGUGAUAGAAAAAUGGCAGAAUUUGAACAUGGUAAAUCUUUUGAUAGCAACGUUAAUAGGAAAAAGCAAAGUCUGGGUGGCAACAUUGGUUCAAAAUGGAAAAAGUAUCCUUUAGGAAGUGAUGUUGACAAGGAGGAAGUUUUUGACUUUCCCUACAUUGUUCAUGAAGAUACUGUUUCCUUUAUUCAGGAACAUGGGAGAAUAAUGUUCAUCAUUCGAGGACCUCCGAGUACUGGGAAAGCUACUCUAAGUGAUAUGAUUUUGAAGAAAUACCCAAACUCGUCUUACUGCUGUGCUGAUCGCUAUUUCAAUAGGUCUUUCCCAAAUGAACGUACUAGAGAGAGUAUUAAAGAAUCCCAUGAAUAUUGCCAGAAAAAAGCAGAAGCUGCCUGUUUAAACAAUCAAAGUCCAAUUAUAAUACAAAAUACUCAUAUAAGAAAGUGGGAAAUGCAGUACUAUUUAGACUUAGCUGCGGUGCACAAUUAUACCAUUAUUAUGGCUGUAACGCUGUAUAAAUUUGAUGUAACUUUAGAGGCCCUUGAAAAAAAUAACACAGAUGGGCUCACUUUAGAAUAUUUUAAAGGACGAAUGAGAAAAUGGUCAGAUGUUAUGCCAAACUUUACUGGUUGGUUUUUAUGCCCACAAGAUUCUUAUUACCUUUUAUAUUCAGUAAGAGAAAUCUUUGAAGCUUUGCUAGGAGAUGGAAAAUUUUGCAGUGUUUUUGAUGCCUAUAAUAUAGAUGACAUUUUUGCUCGAUUCAAAGCCAGAAGAUUGCUUUUUUGUUUGGCUAAACACUCAAAAUACUUUCAUGAAAUGAAAAAGUAUUAUCUCUCGGAUACAGUGCAAGAAAGUUACGGGAAGAUGUUUGAAAUUACAGUGAAAGGUUAUCUGAUAUCUUCAUCAAGCAUUGUUGGAAUUACUGAGGUUUCUCAGGAAAUGGAACCUUUAAUCAUGAAGAAUAAUGAUGAUGAAUUGGACAUACCUGUACAUGCACUUCGAAUUGACAACAAUAUUUGUGAGUACAGCAAGUCGAUUCCAUUUGAAAAAAGUUCAGAAGUCUCCAAAACAGCCAUUUUAAAUGACUGGGAUGAUGGUGAAGAUAUCAGUCUUUGCAGUUGCAACUUCAUUGACAUUGCUCAUAAUGACGACACGCUUUUUGACUUUCCAAAGCUCCAACAGCAGUUGACUGAUGCUGCUCUUUUAAUGAAGGAUGAGAGAACCCAAUCGGUUGAAUUAGAAAAUGGCGUACUAUCGUAUCGUUUGCCAAACAAUGAAUGGCUUGUUAAAGCACCACAGAAAAUAACAUUUAAGUCCAUAUUUACUGGGUUGUAUACAUAACUUAGGCUUAAGGUGUCAAGUGCUUGGUUUAAAUUCUUAUAAAUUUUAAUGACUAUUUUGAUAGCUUGUUAAGCACUGAAGAAAAUAAUAUUGAAAGCUGUUUUUAGAGAACACUGCAAAUUCAUGAAAUAUGUUUUGCUUGAUCAUGUAUUUGUUGUAAAUUUCGUUAAGUUUUUGACAUACUACAAGUUUUAUAUAAUGUUUGAAACUCAUUAUUAUCUAAUAAAAGUGUGU